GGUAGACAGAUAUCGCACAACAAAAUGGCGUCCUUAUGGAAAUAGGCCACUACAAUGGACGCGACUUAAUGCAAGGCGCCAAAUACUUGAGAUAAUCAGGAAACUAGCAUGCCAUUGAGUGGUAGUAUUUGUCCCUGAUGAACGUAGAUGAGUCUAGAUACAAAAUGACUGCAACACUGUUACUGCUGCUGAUGUUUCUGGAGGCUGCCCAGGCCAGUUCAGCAAGGAGUUCAUACACCAUGGACCAGUCUGGCGACUGUAACUUUGCUGGCUUUCUGGAUGUAGCAACUGACACAACUGUGCAGAUUAUUGGCCGAACUAAUGGCAUAUCAUCAUCCGUUUUGGCGUGCCAGCUACAGUUCCGGGCAUCAGAUGACCGUGACUACUUUGACCUGAGUAUCGGCAACUUCCAGAUGGAUGACUGCAACGUGGUUCUGUUCGUCAGCUUGGAGGGCACAUCAACUGGGAGCUCAAGUUACACUUGUGGGACAGCACGGCCAGGUUCGAUGAUCUCCUCAAAAGGAAGAGCAACAAUACGUCUUGAACGUAAAAACAUCAACAGCAACAACUAUGGCUUCACACUGAACCUACGAGCUUAUAAACUUUCAGCUGAACAAGGCUACACCAACAAUGAUUCCAGUCCAAUGGCAGUGGGCAUGGUCGUUGGAAUAGUUGGUGGAAUCGUUGCUUUCUUAGUCUUCCUGUCCAUCCUCGGCGUGUGCUGUUACCGCCACAAGCGUAAAAUCGAAAGAGAACAAGAGUACAAGCAGAAUCUGGAUGAGCAUUCCAACACAACAUACGGCUAUGACAAUGACGCCCGUAAUGGUGGACCCACAUAUAAUGAUACACCAGGCUCCAAUAAGAAGCUCUUGCUCAGUGAAAAUGAUGAAUAUGUCAAUAAGCGUGGUUAUAAAGACAACUAUAAAGUUGACAAUGAAGUUGACAGUACUAAUAGCUCUGGAGAACGAAAAGCUCCCCUCAUUGAAAGCUAUGCAAUGAGUCCUAAGAAAUCCAUGUCAUUUGAUUAUGAGGAUGUGCCCAAAAGGAACAAGCCUAAGGAGCACGAGGUUGAUUCUGAUGGACCCAAAUCUCCUAUUCUCAGUGCACUACACAGUAAUGCAAAAUUCAGGGCCACCUUUGCUGCAACUGAAGCAGAGGCUGAUGAGAGAGCAAAGAGGAUCUCCUCCUACAGUUCUGGGCAAGACUCUGUAAAUGAAACAUCCUCUGUUGAUGAACCUGUUGUCAAGAACACCAGAACCAAAAACAAUAAAAACAACACCCAGAAGAAGGGUAUCCCACCUCCACCUCCUCUUCCCGUUGUGCCAAAGUCACCAGAACCGAAGCGUUCAGAAUUUGCCAGCAUCCGACGAGCUCCAAGGCCAUCAUCUUCUUCGGAGGAGAUCCAGCAGAUCGAACGUGGUGAUCAUGAUGACCGUGGUAUCAGGGUUGUCAGAAAUCAAGAACAACCUCCCUCUCCCAGUGAGGUCGUUGCUAUCAAGGUGUCUGACCCACAUCAGACAAAACCUAAGCAUGACACUCAGCAUACGUUACGGCCCAACAGGGGCAAGAGUCCGAAAGAGAAGAGGAAACAGUCUGAAACUGGGGGAAGACAUCCAAAACAUGAUACUUAUGAUCAGGAGAGCCUGGCUCCGGAGUCAGAGAGAGGGAGAAGACCUGCAGGAGGUUUUCAGAAAAAUACUGGCCUUAGAAAAUCCUCUAGAAAAUCUCCCAGGAUAGGACGAGCAUCAAGACCUUCAACGGGGUCUAUCCUCGAUGACAAUGAAUCAAUUGGGCGUCCAGAAACGCCGACCAGUCAGAUCUCUCGCUUCAGGGAUGAUGACCUUGAUUCCAACUAUCAUCCACUGAAGCGAUCAGGUUCUCGACAGUCACUGUACGCCUCGAGGUCAUCGCUGUAUGGUCGGCGUGGGCGACGAGAGAGGAGUAGUUCCAUCGGCGAGUCUGUCAUGUCAUACACUCGGGAUGACAUAGAUGCCUACUCAGAUGAUGACUUUGAUAACCGUCGAGUGUCAAGAAGGGAGUCCAUGAGAAAGGGCUUCAGGUCCCUUGGGGACCUUGAAUAUGAAUCCCGUGAGAUUUCUACACAGACAUUACGUGAGACAGGUUCUCAGACAGGGAAGGGAAAGCUUGUUGCUCCUAAGAAAGGUACUGCAAGGAAGGCUGCGGCCAGGAAACAAAGUACAUCCUCUACAGCCUCCAAGAAACCCAGAGCUAAGAAGUCUGUUUCAAAGGAUGAAGAAGAGAAAGAUGAGCAAUCUGAACCUACCACUCCUAAAACAAGAACGAAAUCAUCAGCUGAUAAACCUAAACCUCAGCCUAAGCCUAAACCUGCUCCAAGGAAAGCUGCUAGUGCUAAACCUCAACCUGACCUUGAAGCUGCCACUCAACCUGCAUCUCACCAUCCCGAGACCCCAGCAUUUACAGCAGCAAGUGGCAUGCCUUACCCUGGCCACAUGGUUCCCGGGGGUCCAAUGCCUUACCCAGGGCAGCCUCAUUAUAUCCCACCAGGAGGGAUGCCCAUGAUGCAGCCCUACCCCGGGGCCAUGAUGCCUGGGGGUCAGCCAGUCCCACCAGUGAUGUAUGCACCAGUUCCUAGGAUGCCCACAGCAGCUCCUCCUCAACAACCUCCACAAGCUCCGCCCGGUCAACCGGGGAAGUCCAGCAAGUCGAGCUGGGACAUUUUGUGUGCUAUAACUGACCAUGAGAAGAAUUCCGACAACACAGAGACAGGGUCAGUCACAGGCUCUGUGUUCAGCCAGCAGCAGCCACAACAACCAAAUCCAUAUUCCGGAGUUCAGUACCCACCAGGAGUAGUUCCGUAUGUCCAGCAAGGCUAUGCCCCUCCUGGGAACAUUGCCUAUAUGCCCCAAUCUUACAUGCAGCCUCCAGGGGCAGUGUCUGACUAUGGCAGUGUGGUUGGGAGUGGCCAGUACCCCCACUCUGCAGGCUCCUCCCUCCACAGCUCCGACUCUGGGGGGCAGAUCACCUUCGUCCCACCUCCAGACAAAUCCUUACCCAGGCAGGCAUCAUGGGAGGUGCUUAACGACAUAGCAAAAUCGGAAACAAGUGCACCCAAGUCCAGUAAGACUGAGAGUAUAGUGUGAUCAGGGAUAAUGAUUUUGGGUCACUUGCUGGUUGAUACGGCCAUCAUUACAUCCAUCUUUAGAUUCCUUGGCUGAUAAUUCCCUUGGGACAUGAGGACACCACAUCAUCACUUGAGUCAAAUUUGAUUAAAUGUAAACAAAUUACUCAGCCAAACUUUACCAGGUCCCACUAAUAUAUUUGUAUAGGUGGUUUGGUUCCCUAUGGCACAACAAUUUGCAAAUUGCAUCCUUGAGUGUGCCAGAAUCAAAUGAUAUUUGGGAUCCAUGGUGUGUCAGCACCAUACAAGAAAUUUCGGGUUUCUCUUAACUUUUACUAACUUUCACUAAAACAUCUAAAUCUGUAUCAUAUGGGCUUUCUCCAUGCCGA